AUGAGUGAACUGCCAUCCUACGAUAACGGUGCUGGCGUCCAGAACUCCUACCAGGAAGAAAAGGCGCCCCCACCGAUCACCACCAGGGACGUGGAAAUGAAUGCCCCACCGCCGACUUACGAUUCCUUAUAUGGAAAGCUAAAAGCUGCCAAUGAGAACUCUUCAGGAAAAGCUGACUUCGCCAAAACGGCUAUGGGCAUCAUAUGCGGCUCACUGGUAUUCAUCAUAUGCAUCGGACUUUCGCUGGCUAUACCAAUUACAGAAAUAGUAAUAGGAGCCUCUUUCAUUCAUGACUGUCCAGCCCAACGUCUCAUUCCUAUCUACCUGGUAGUGGCAGGCGUAUUCGGCACCCUGAAAGGAAUUGGACUGAUAGGACAGAAUGUUAAAGCAAGGAAAGACAAAAGUAACGAAACUGGAGACGAAGAGAAGAAGAGUACAACAAAUCCCUUCGAUAGCAUUGUCAAUAUGUUCUUGUUCGCGUGGUUUAUUUGCGGAAAUGUCUGGGUAUACGGUCUGAAGGAUCAAUGGGUGUCUUCUCCGUCAACUGCCGGAAACUACUGUCAUCCGACACUCUACUACUUCUCCUUCUGGGUCAUCACCUUGACCUACAUUAUGAUCGGUGUCGGCUGUCUGUUCGGCUGUAUUGGACUUAUCUGCAUUUGCUGUUUUGCCGCCAAAUCUAAAGAAUAG